AGGCGCGCCUGUGGAUUUUAUUGCCUUUUUGCUGCCUUCUUUUACACGGUCUUUUUACAUGCUGAGGACCCUUCUCCCCUUUCUCUCGUCCCCCUGCAUUAUUUUAAUUUAUCAUUUGUCAUAGUCCAAUCGAUCCCAUCCUAGCUAUCGAUAUCAUUUCCCCGACGUUUUCCUCGAAUUUGCAGGAAAACACACCUGGACCAUGAUCUGAGAAGGGCACGAGGACAGAACCCGUACCAUGUUACGACGGAUUAUCCGUCCCGCACGACGACUGCCACUUUGGCUGGUACUUACUGUCGCUGGGCCUUUUAUUUUCGAAGUUGUCGUACACCAAUGGCAAUAUAGCGUGCCACGACCGGCGAGCGAGCUCGAUGCACCCUUUUUCACCUCGUGCCAGGAGCCCGACGUCAGCGCAAAACGAGAAAAUGCGGCCUUAGUAAUGCUUGCGCGGAAUAAUGAACUAGAGAAGGCCAACAGGACGGUUACCUCGAUAGAACAGCAAUUCAACAGGUGGUUCAACUAUCCUUACGUAUUCCUAAACGAUGAGAAAUGGGAUCCCGACUUCAUAGAGGUUCUAAAUAAAACUGCCCGAGGACUAGCCACCUUUGAUGUUAUACCGCAGGCGCAAUGGACGUUCCCCGAAGGUGUAGAUAUAGAUGCGGCGAAGCUAAAUAUUAAGGAGCAAGGAGAAAGGGGUAUUCCGCAUGCUGGGGAAGAAGGGUACCACCAUAUGUGUCGCUUUUAUUCGGGCAAAUUUUAUCAGCUCGAUGUGCUGAAGAAGUACAAGUGGUAUUGGCGGCUCGAACCCGACGUCGAUUUUACCUGCGCGAUUACGUACGAUCCCUUUGUACAGAUGGCACGACAUAAAAAGGUCUACGGGUUUACGAUUGCGUUAUGGGAAGUGGGAAAGUCGUGCCCGGGUUUAUACCGCUCGAUCGCCGACUGGAAGGAGAUGAUGGGUAUUCCCACGACUAGCCUCUGGAAGGCUACGGUAUCAGCUUCAUGGAUGCCGUACCCAUUCCGGCGAUUCAUGAGCUGGCUGCCGAAUCGCGAUGCGUAUGGUGAUGGGUGGAGUCUGUGCCACUACUGGAGCAACUUCGAGAUCGCCGAUAUGGAUUUCUUCCGAACAAGGGCGUACCAGGACCUCUUCGACUAUCUAGAUAAGAAGGGAGGCUUUUACUUUGAGCGGUGGGGUGAUGCGGCAGUGCACUCUCUUGCCAUAGCAAUGCUUGCAGAUCCGCGAAAGGUACACCAUUUCGAGGAUUUCGGAUAUCGACAUGCUCUCCUAUAUCAAUGUCCGGCCAACGCGCCAGGCGGACAACUCCCCGAGUCACAGCUAUUGGGGAGCGGAACGUGGGCGGCGGAGGAAGAUAACGGUAUCGGGUGCCGUUGCGAGUGUCCCGGGCCAUCGCCGAGGAAUUAUGGCUCGUACUGUCUGAAUAAACUAAAGCAGCCUACUACCGUAAAACGGCCGUGGUUCGCGUCGUUUCUAUAGUAUAGAAUACCGUGGCGGCCGUCGACGGUUGCUGGGAUUAGCAUUCUGGCUGUCUAUAUCUAUUGUUACUUCUUCCUCUCGAAUUUC